AUAUAAAUACAAUUAUUAUAUUUAUAUGAUAACUAUAAUUAACAGAUAACCAGUAGAUAGCAUUAAAAUAAUCAGAUAAUAGUUAUAAAGGCAGCUGCAGAUUUUUAGUUAAAACAGUUGUUUAAGUACAGUCAAAGGAUGGAUCGUAUUUGGAUGCUACUACCUUUGCUGUUUUCAUCAUUUACGAUCUGUUUAUGCGCUCCUAAAGACGAUAAAAAUGCUGAUAAAAAAGUUUUACUUAUUUCUUUUGAUGGAUUCCGAUGGGAUUACUAUAAGACAUUUAAUACACCAAACUUAGAUUACUUGGCACGUACUGGCAUUCAUGCACCCAAGGGUGUUCAAGCUGUGUUCACUACGAAAACAUUUCCAAAUCACUAUUCGAUUGCAACUGGUUUAUACGAAGAAAGUCAUGGAAUCGUGGAUAAUAAUAUGUACGAUGUAGUUUUUAACGAAACUUUCAAAAUGAAAAAACCGGACCCAAAAUGGUGGGGAGGAGAACCAAUUUGGGUCACUGCUAGAAAACAAGGUCUUAAAUCUGGAGCAUAUUUUUGGCCAGCUUCUGAUAUACCUAUAAAAGAUACUUUUCCAAAUUAUUAUUUUAAAUAUAAUAAUACUGUGUCUAUGGAAACUAGAAUUGAAACUGCGAUUCAUUGGUUAGCGACUGAUCAGGUUAACGUGGCUCUUGUGUAUUUUAACGAACCCGACAAAACUGGUCAUAGAACUGGAGCUAUGAGCGAUGCCGUUGAAAAAAUGGUGGAAACUGUUGAUAAAUUGGUUGGUUUUCUAUUAGAAAAACUUUUGGAAACUUUUCUUCUCGAUCGAGUUAAUCUCAUUAUUAUGAGUGAUCACGGUAUGGUCAAUUUAACAGAUGUAAUCGUAUUAGAAAAAUAUCUUCGUGUGCAAGAAGAAAUUAAAUGGCUUCCUUUGAGCGGACCAGUGUCUGGAAUUUUACCACACGAAGGAAAAUUAGACAGAGUUUAUAAUACACUGAAAAAUGCUCAUCCUAAUAUGACAGUUUAUAAGAAAGAGAAUAUACCAGAGAGAUGGCAUUAUAAGAAUCACAGAAGAAUCAUGCCAAUUAUCGCAGUUGCGGAUCAAGGUUAUUUAAUAGCAAAGGAAUAUGGAACAGACAAUGCCUUCGGUCAACACGGUUAUGACAAUAUUCUACCUUCAAUGCGCCCUAUUUUCUUUGCUCGAGGUCCAGCUUUCAAAGAAAACUAUCAGACAGAUGUUUUCGAAACUGUUAAUAUUUAUCCACUUAUAUGCCACUUAUUAGGUAUUAAACCGGCACCAAAUAAUGGAACUUUGGAUUCGGUCAGACAUCUUCUCAAAAAUUAAAAAAAAUAAUAAAAAAACGUUUAUUAAGCUUAUAAACUUAUUAAAAUUUAAAA